CAAUAAAAGAAAUAAAUACAAAAGGACGAAGCGAUCCUCCUUGGUUCAGAAAGAAGUGAUUCACUUGUGCUUUUCUUCUUUUUCUUCCUUCAAAUCUCCCAAUUGUCGCAGAGAUGGAUCAAUCUCUUUCUUCCCUUACAUUUAAAGGAUCAAUUGCGGAAGCAAUUGCUGAAGCGAAACAACAGAAGAAACUCUUUGUUGUCUAUACUUCUGGUGAAAAUCCGGAGUCGAAACUUUUAGAAUCAUCCAUUUGGAGCGAUCUGAAUGUUGCUGAGUCAUUGACAAAGUACUGCAUUUUGUUACACAUCUUGGAAGGAAGCUCAGAUGCGACGAACUUUUCAGCAAUAUAUCCACACAAUUCUGUCCCAUGUAUAACUGCUAUUGGAUACAACGGUGUACGUCUGUGGGAAAAAGAGGGAUUUGUCACUGCCGAUGUUCUUGUUUCCAAUCUUGAGAAAGCAUGGUUAAGUCUUCAUGUUCAGGAAUCGACUGCAGCUUUCUUGACUGCUGCACUUGCUUCUAAGAAACAACAUGCUACUGGUUCUGAAACUGGUUCAUCGGAGCAUGAGAUUGAUAUUCCAUCGGCUUCAACGGAUAAUAAAGUUCAAUCUAUGCAUGCUGAACAGUCAUUGAAUUCUGUGGAAGCAGAUGACAGAAACAGUUGCAAAGAUGCUUCUCAGGAGAUGGAUUCUGAACGGAUUCUGAAUGGGGAUUCUUCGACAACCGUAACAGAAAAUAUAUCACUGAAUCCAUUAGAAGUACAUCCAAGUAACUCUGAAGUUGACCAUAUUUUCCUGGACAAAAAUGUGGACUCCCAUAACCAUCAUUUGGAUGUCGGCAAAGAUAUUUCUCGUGAGAUUUCCAGCAAGGAAAAUGAAGCACAGUUUGAUGUAGAGAAUACUGAAGAAAGUGAAAAAGCUGAUGUUUCGGAUUCCUCUGCUGUUCAAUCAAAUGAUGUGUUUUUAAAUAUUAGAUUGCCUGAUGGAUCCAGUUUACAAGUGAAGUUCUCCAGAAUGGACACCUUGAGAAUGGUCAAAAAUCAUAUAAAUGAAAAUCAAUCAACCAGCUUUGGCUCUUAUAAUUUAGCAAUUCCAUAUCCCCGCAAGGUUUUCGGUGACCAAGAUUUGGACGGCACAUUAUCAGAAUUGGGUCUGACCAAAAGACAAGCAUUAGUAGUGGUUCCGAGUAAGGGAACUAAUUUGCAGUUCAAAGGAGGAUCAUCAUCAUCUUAUCAAACUAACUCUUCCAAUGAUGUUGAUCCUUCAAAUGGUAGCAAUCAAGGGUAUUGGGCAUUGUUGAAAACAGCUUUAUCUUACGUGAAUCCUCUCUCCUAUCUUGGUGGGGGUGCCAGCUCUUCGAGUUCGGCUCAGGAAUCACAAAGUGGCACAUGGCAGUAUAGUCCAAACUCCUCAGUUGUGAAUAACCCAAGGGGUGUUGGUCGACCGUCCACUGAUCAAAAUACAUCUACUAGCAGCAGGGGCAGGCAGCAACCUUCUCAGUUUGGUGGAAACAUCCACACCUUGAAACACGAGGAUGAUGAUCGAUUCAAUGACAAAAAUGCCUUUUGGAAUGGAAACUCUACACAAUAUGGCGGUGAUAGUGAUGGAAAAUGAGCAGAGUCGCGCCUUUUUGCUACUGCAUAGUAAGAACUUGCGUUUCAAUUCAGGCAAGGGGAUAGUUGUUCCUUCCUCUACGAAUCAUUUGAUAAUUAUCUACUUAUUGUUAAUAAUUCACCUCUUUACAUCUUUGUUGUAUUGGAGUGAUUUCUAGUCUUGGUUUAGAAUGGAAUAUACCAUUUGUGAUUUUCUUCCCCCUAUUAGGUUCUAAUGACAUCAAAAUUAGUCGAGGUUUGGCUAUUUUUGUUCGCUUAAAGUUGGAAAAUGGUCUAGAAGGGAACUUCUAUCUAGCUGUUUCGAUGAA